AUGCUGGUGCUCAUGGUGGGCGUCGUGCUCACAGCCGCCCUAGCAAUCGCCUUCGUCUGCAGUGCCUUCAUUCUCUUCAUUAUCCUCACCAGCAAACAGGUAAGGCGGGUCAAGGGUCUCGACGCAGCUGCCUUGCAAGGUCCUUCCCUCGCCCCACAGGAGGCGCAUGUGAAGCAGCGGACACGUGCUCCCACGCCCGCACAAAUAGACUGGGCUCUUGGCACGCUCGCCGGCGCCUCAAAGCAACCGCAGGCACACAACAGUAACAAAUUACAAGAGCAGCACGAGCCUCCUCCACCUGCAGCUUAUGGUAACGGGCGUCUUACUGUCCCUCCUCUUCAUCGUCUUCUCCACGCCCUCGCUUCUCAAGGUUAUAUCUUGUGUAUGAUUCGCCACUGCAUCGUGUCUGUGUCAAAGAGGACAACAGUUCGUCCGCCCAAUGACUCAAUCCUGUUGCAGGAGCGCUGGUUACUGCACGACAGCCAGGAGGCCGGCGAGGGGGCGUCGGCGGAGGAGCUUCCCCAGGGCGACGACUGGGACGCCUUUCCCCUCAACGCCACGGACGGCGUUAACGUGAGCUAUGAUUCCCUCGCCUCCGUCGCGGGCGCGUCGUGGCUCCCUUCCCAUGACGCGGAAAACCUCAGUGCCGUCCUCUCCCUCGGCCUCAACGACAGCGCGGGCGGGCCGCUCCAUCCUGUCGUGUGGGAGAGCGACGUGGUGUGCCGCAUGUACGGCUUCCUGCUGGUGAUGCUGCACACGGUGGCGGUGUGGGUGGUGGUGGGCCUCCACUGCGACAAAUACUGCGCCAUCGCCACGCCUCUGCGCUACAAUCAGAUCGUGACGCGCCGCCGGGUGGCCGCCCUCUCUUCCAUCGCGUGGGUCAUGGGCCUGGUCCUGGCCACCCCGCCGCUCCUCGGCUCCUACGCCUACUCGUUCUCGGAGGGCGUCUGCCUGCCGGUGUGGCACCUGGCGGACGCUGCAGCCUACACUUGGACACUCGCGACGCUCUACGUUAUCCUGCCCUUCACCAUCAUGCUUAUCGUCAACGGCCGCAUCAUCGUCAUUGCUCGCCAUCACCAACACCGAAUCUUCUCCGCCAUAUUCGAAGUCAUGAUGUCUGCACAAGCCACCGUCACUCACCAAAAGAACCCAUUCGAUGUUCCGAAAAAGAAAAGAAAGUCGGUGUGGACAGUAUUAGAACAGCUGGCAGCGUUUGUAGUGUGUUAUUACCCUUUCUUCGGAACCAUCAUGUGGGAGACGAUCCGGGGCCGCCCCGCCAACGAGUACUGCGUCCUGUUCGUGACGGCGCUGUUCGUCCUGUCGCCUCUUGUCAACACUUUUGUAUACGGCAUCAAAAGCAAGAAUAUCCGCAAGGCUUUCAGAAACUACCUCAGGAAGAAACUAUAUAAAACCGAGAUGAAACACGAAAUUCAGGCUCGCAUUCCCUCGGCAAGUAACUCUCGGCGGCCUUCCAUCACCUCCACGCUCGCCAUGCCCAUCCUCCAGAAGUCUCUCCAGCGCCGCAUGUCAGAUUACCUCCUACAGGACCAGCUGAACCAACCCAAGCUGGUGCGCCGUUCUUCGGACAUGUCGUGGCACCCUCUGGAGGAAGGAACGCCCUCUCCCACGAGGCUCAGGAGACCGCUGGAUACCAAGUUCCCCGUCCAGAGUUCCCCUGCCGGCUCGCACUCCCCCGCCAGCGUCGCCAACUUCCUCACUGUCCCUUCCUUCGAGGCGGCGCGGAACUACUAUUGCAGCCAACAGCGGGUCCGUCUCUCCAUCUCCUCCUUAGACUCUGACCAAAGCUUCUCGGUGAGAGAGUCUCGCACGGAGGAGGAGAACCUCAUGGUCACGCUCUCGCCCGACUCUCAGUCGACGGUGGAGGUGCUGGCCAACCCUCACGAGGCCUCCGAAAGCAUCAGCAGAUCCAAGUCCCUCCAGCUCCCUCUCUUCACCUUGGAAACCAAGGACCCGAAAGAGCAGCAAUACCAGGCGAUCCAUAACCAGACCGACUGCCAGACGCCGCUCUUGUGCAAGACGUUCGAAAAGCCCAACAGAAGCUCAAGCCUACACUCGUCGUCGCCGCACGUCAUGCGCACGUUAGAGGCCAUCCUGUCGGUUAGGAUUUCGCAAUCGCUCCUCCGCCGAGGCUCGGGCUGGGGGGGCUCGCAGGGCAGCAUGGAGCGGCUUUCUCAAUUCCUCCGGGAAAACAGGCGCAACACCUUGCCUGCGAAUGACUCCUACGCUCCCUUUACGCUCCACAACGCCGACAGCGAGGACUACCCCGAAGAGAAUAAUCUCGGAAGCCCUCCCGCCAACAUGGAGGACGAGGACGUCAGUGUCCUCACCUUCAUCACUCCGCUGCCCAACGGAGGCGCCUGUCUCGGGGUGUGCCCCAAAGACGCGCCUCUAGAGAUGGAAACGACGCUCACCGUUACCUAGCAAACUCCGUGAUGAGAAAGCCUCGAGGAGCAUUUUCAAAGAUAAAAGUCAAAGACACAGAGUUCACGAGUGACGAGAAGCCUUUAAGAAAGAAUCAGCUGGUGCUUUGUCCGUUUCCCCUGCAAGGAAAUUCAAAAUACAUUCGAAAUCAGACCCGCAGCAGGCAGUGAUGUCAUAGUACUGAAUGAAGGUACUGGACAGGCAAUGAAUCAAGGAAACAAUGUGAAUAGUUGUUGUUCGAUGUCAAGAUUCGUAACUGAACUGUACCUGAGUUCGCCCAAGAACAAACCGGUUUGCAUCCCAAACGCAGCACGAAGUGUCAGACAACAUAACCUAGGUCCGGAACCAAAACCUAAAAAGCGCAAAAAUGAUAGAAAAGCGACAAAUACAGGACUGUUCACGUAAUCUCGUAGUAGCUGUGUCAAGUGUUAGUCUAGCCACUGUCAGCAUGUAGGAAAAAGGUCCAGCUCACUCCCUCUCAGGAAGGCGCUUAGCAUACGGCUCCUGAGGCGAACA